GUCAAGUCACCGAGGUGAAAGAUGACUGCUAAUAUCCACAAAUUUCGAAAUCUUUCAACUGCUGUGAAUCAUAGUUUCAAGUCAAGAUGGCUCUUGCAUCACUAUCGCCUCCUGCACCAUGGUCCAGACACUAUGGAGGAACUAUUGGAUAGACAUGUGGUCAAAAAGGAGAAGAGCCUUGAUGAUGAUGAGAACGACCUCCUAAAUAGACAACGACUCACUAGCAGUAGACGCGAGGCUCUAAGUCUCUACCGAGAUGUCAUCCGCGUCACCCGGUUCUUCAUGUGGGCCAACUCUCAAGGCAUUCCCUGGCGGGAUGUUCUUAGAGAAAAUGUCCGAAAGGAGUUCGAGGAGGCACGAUUUGAGAGAGAUCCAGAAGUCAUCACCAGGUUGCUUAUUGGAGGUCGGGAUGCUCUGCAAGCUUCUUUGGAUAAACUUGCUGAGAAACAAAAGCAAGAAAUCGAAAAGCAACGCGGCAAUUCAAAUGCUCCUUGAUAUUCUGGUUAGUCGAAUUUUUUUCCAUUAACUAACACCCAUCAAAUAACAUGUUUUUUUAGAACAUUAUCAAUACGAUAUAUUACCACAUACAGGAUGACGUUAACUUCAGUUUCUUUUAGCAUUGAGUAUUUUUAAUAAUUAUUAUUCAGAGAAGUUUGUUCUUGGAACUGAAUUAUUAGAUAAGAUUGUUAUUGGAACUGAU